AUUUUAAUUUUUUCUAAGUGAGGUGAAGUGUGUGAAAAUGUGAGUGCAACAUUUUAGAACACAGUAAGUAUUUAUAAGUAUCAAGAUAUGAGUGAAAAUUAAUUACUAUGUUGUGGGUAAAACGUUAAUAAAUGUUUCUGAGCGUUUUCUUUAAAAAUUCCUGAAAGCGAAUGCGGAUUUCAUAUUUUUGUAACAAUUUUGACGAAAACUUUGGAACUUUUAUUUAAUUUUUCCUAUUCGUAACACCAAAUGAGAGAUACGAAUUAUGAGUACAAUAUUUUUAUAACACAGCAGCAAAUGAAACGUACUGUUGCAAAAGCUUUUGGAGAAACUUUUUGGAUUUUUGACUGGGGGGAGACGAAGGAGAUGCCACAUGAGUGAAUUUUAUUAAUUCUUGUGGUUUCCCCAUCCUAGUAAAUAAUUAUUGCCAACGUUAACUACAUAUCACAAAUGGAAAUUGAAAAAUUAAUAAUUUGUAAUGAACUAUCCUUUCAACAAAUGUCACAGUAAAGUCAGUUCAAAACCGUUGGUUCAGUAUAUAUUGCCUCAAGUUUUUUAUCUCUUUUUAGACGUGAAUAUUCAAUACGAACAACGAUUUGUUACACGAUAACGCAAAAUGACUGUACACAAUUUUAUGACAAAUUAAGUAAUAUUUUGUAAGUGAGUAAAAACGCACUGCUUCCUUGUGUUCCUUCUGUUUAAUUAAAAUUAAUUACGAUCAAAAAUCAAUGUCAUAAACAAUUUCAAAACAGUUAUUUGUGUACAUUUAAUCGAUUAUAUGUUAAAUAAAAAUUUAGGUUUUAAGGAUAAGUGGGUAUAAAAAUUUAAACAAUAGCUACUUUAAGAACAAAUCGAACAAUCUAUUAUAGUACCUAAUAGUUUUGGUCAAGCUAGACAAAAUGUUUGCUCUACAAAUUGGAUCAAAAAUUAUCUUAACGGCGUUAUUAAUUUCGACGGUGUUGUUGGUACUAUCAACAUUGUUAAUAAUUCAAGUUUUUCCUGAUGCCAUAAGGGACGAAGUUUACAAGAACGUAAAAUUGGUAAAAGGGACCGAACAAUAUGACCGAUUUGUGGAGUUACCAUUUCCUAUCAUUUUCAAAGUAUAUUUUUUUAACGUAGAAAAUGUUGACGAUGUACAAAACGGGUCGAAACCUGUCGUCCGGGAAAAAGGGCCGUACGUCUACAAGCAGUACAGACGAAAAACAAUUCUUGCCAUAAAUGAGGAAGAAGAUACAAUUUCCUACAAACAAAACGAACGAUUUGCGUUCGACAAAGAAGCUUCUGGUAAUUUUUCAGAAGACGAUUACGUCACAAUGCUAAACGCGCCUGUUAUUAGCAUGCUUCAAAUGGCUGAACCAUUUCACCAAAUGACUGGAGCUUUAGCGCACUGUUUGGAUGACAUAUUCCCGAACAUGAGCAGUAAUUUUAUGCGAGUGAAAGUCAAAGAUAUUCUUUUUGAUGGAGUUAGGUUUUGUGUUAGACAUUUAUCUAUAUGUGAAGUUCAGAGAACUCUGGCAUGUAGUAUAGCAGCAGAGAUGAAAAACGUUGAGAAAUUAUCUGAUGAUUCUUUGAAGUUUUCCCUUUUUGGCUACAAAUCUAAAUCUGACGAUGGAGUUUAUACGGUAAAAAGAGGCAUUAAAGAUGUACACUCCUUGGGACAAAUUAUAAGAUUGAACAAUGCGACAUAUACUGAUUUCUGGAAUGGAUUAGGUAAAAAUACUUCUUGUGAUAAGGUUGAAGGCACAGAUGCCACUUUGUAUCCUCCUGGUGUUGGAAAGGACUCUGUUUUUCAAAUCUAUUCUACAGAUAUUUGCAGAUACGUUGAAAUUAAAUAUUCAAAAGAGUUGCAUUAUAAAGGCAUAAGGGGAUAUUUAUUUACUGCUGAUAAUUCGACCUUAAGGCCUAAAACGCCCACAGCAGGGGAAGAUUGUUUUUGCACGAACAAAACCAAAGGAAUUGAUGGUAAAAAAUCCUGCUUUUUGGAUGGAGUUAUUGACAUGCAGUCAUGCACAGGAGUGGAUGUGCUGUUAUCUUUCCCUCACUUCUUGUGGGCAGAUGAAAAAUAUCUUAAAGGUGUAGAAGGCCUAACACCGAAUGAAGAUCUUCACAGUACAUUCUUGCUCGUAGAACCGGAAACAGGAACUCCGUUACAAGGAUUAAAAAGAAUUCAGAUUAACGCAGUUUUGCGACCAAUUCCUUACGCCGAUCAAACGAGUAGUCUUCCAAGAGCUGUUUUUCCACUGCUGUGGAUAGAAGAAGGAGUUUCAUUAACAGAUGAAUACAUCAUGAAACUAAAAGAAAUGUACUUCAAUAAAGUUGCUAUGGUGGACAUAAUUAAAUGGACCUUGCUAGGAACAAGUACAGUUCUCACAAUUGUGUUUGCUAGUCUUUAUGUGCACAAAUAUCGGUCAGCUAACUUAAAAUAGUCACUGACUUAACCUGAAAUUAUUUCAGCAAUAACUUGUAUACAUGAUAUAAAUACACAAAAGUCUUUACAGUCAUAUUUAAUUAUAAUCUAAAUGAUCUAAUAAAAGUAAAUGUUAAUAGUCUUAUAAUUGAUAAUAAAGCGAUAAGAAUUUUUUGUGGAUUGUUUCAUUCUCGUGGAGUAACUGGGUAUGAAGUCAGACAUACAAAUUUGUAUGACUGGUGGCAGAACGAACGUUAACCAAUAAAAGGGCGCCACGUGGAUGACAGUCAGUAGCAUCCUCGAGUUCUCUUGUUAAGGUUAAGUAAAAGCCGUAGUUAAAUAGCCAAUUAAAGCACAACAUUUCGAAAUGACAACUUUUAACAGAUUAAUUAAAGUAGCAGUAAGUACAUACUCAAGCAAAAUUUUUUCGUAUUUUCAUUAUAAUCUCGUGGACCUCCUACAAAAUGAUCAACGUCCUGCAUUUGUUCCUUAAGGAUAGAAGUGGGAUAAAAGAAACGACUUUUAAUCAAAAACCAUAUUUUAUUUUAAAUAUGUUACUCAUCAAUAUCAAGAUAUUAAAAUUAAUAGGGAACUUCUGACUUAAUUCGAGUUUUCACUUAAAUUUAUGUAUUAAGCUGUUGCUAGAUUGCGUCAAUAGUACGGCUUGAAUCUGUUUAACAGUGUUGGCAACGAUGAUAGAAAAA